CGCAGAGCACUUGACUCAGCGCUUGGGCGAGUCCAGUACAGCAGGAGAGACGAUCCUGGCGGCCCACGAAGAGCUUCUCGUUUGGAAGACUAAAGUGUGCAGAUCCAGCAGAGAAGCAACCAAGGCAGACGGUUACCUGGAUGGUUAUUACGAUUAUUUUUUCACUGGAUGAUUAUUAUUUUCUCGGACAAACUCUAAUUGGGUACAGCUGCUAUCUCUUAAAAUGAAAGGACGAUCGCAGACUCCCCUCCCCCCCCCCCCUUCCGGGAGUCUAAAGACCCAAACCCACGGUCUCGGAAGAGAAGCUCGGGGCGCGUCGGGAACGGGAAAUAAAAGCAAUGAAUGUCGCCGGCGCCGGGGCCGAGACGCUUUUCGACAUGGACUACGCCUCUUGGACCAUCCGCCUGAUAUUGGUCACGGCGGGGUUUGUCUUCUACCUGGGGGUCUUCGCCGUCUGCCACCAACUGUCCUCGUGCCUCAACGCGACGUACCGCUCCCUGCCGCCCAGGGAGAAGGUCUUCUGGGACCUGGCGGCGACGCGCGCGGUCUUUGGGGUCCAGGGCUCCGCCGCGGGCCUGUGGGCCCUGCUCGGGGACCCCGUCCUCCACGCCGACCGAGCCCACGCCCAGCGGAACUGGUGCUGGUUCAACGUCGCCACGGCCACCGGCUUCUUCCUCUUCGAGAACGUGGCCGUCCACGCGUCCAACGUGAUUUUCGGGACCUUUGACUUGUUCUUAGCCGUCCAUCACCUCUUUGCCUUCCUGGGCUUCCUGGGGUCCGUGGCCAACCUCCGCGCGGGCCACUAUCUGGCCAUGAUCACGCUGCUCCUGGAGAUGAGUACCCCUUUCACCUGCAUCUCCUGGAUGCUUUUAAAGGCCGGCUGGGCCGACUGUCUGUUCUGGAAGCUAAAUCAGUGGCUGAUGAUUCACAUGUUUCACGGCCGAAUGAUUCUGACCUACCACAUGUGGUGGGUGUGUUUCUGGAAUUGGGACGGCCUGGUGGACAGCCUUCUGGCACCACACCUGGCUCUCUUCGUCGUGGGACUGGCGCUGCUCACGGUAAUAAUCAACCCCUAUUGGACGCACAAGAAAACUCAGCAGCUCCUCACUCCGGAAGAUUGGAACUUCACAAAUCCAGGAAGCAAGAACGGUCAGACGGAGAAAGUAAAUGGCCUGGCGCUCCAGAAGAAGAGAGAGUAGCUCGACCGGAGCACCUCCGUGGCUUCGAGUACGCGGACCAGAGGGAGGCGAUAAGGAUGAGAGUUUUUGAAGAAUGGCUUCGGGUCGGUCGGGAAUGUGACGGUGGGAAAAAAAGCGAGGGAAUUUUUACACCGUCUGCCUUGGUAUUCGUUUCGAAGUAGCCAUAGAAGUAUUUUUACAGGUAUAUAGGACCAUCUCUGGCAGAAGCAGGCUCCUGGACUGCCGCAGCUUCUCCCAGUAAAUUACCCAAGUUGGAUCGAUGGAGGGUUAAAAGUCGGAGUGGGAAGGAUCGCGUGGUGCCUCCACGGGAGGAAUGCCAGAGUGUCAAUUUGUCACCUUGAUAAUUUCUGCCCGCUUUUCGCAUUAAACUCUGCUGCCCCGUCUGUGCGAAGGUGAAGAGAAGUGACUUCAAAAUGACUUCAGAUGUGGGAUUCACUACAAUAUCUGUAUUUUUGCCGAAUGCCCGGUGCAGCUGUGCCAUCUAGUGGCACCAAGCGAUGCCCGAGCCCUCUGACCCACUUUGAAGCCGCCCAGUUGUGCGUGUGGGUCGGUGGUUUGGGGGUCGUUUCCACCCAGUAGAGUCGGAUUUCAUUUAAGUUAUUCAUAGCAUUUUCAGGAGUCUUACAUCUGUAUGGAGUGUGAGCAGAUCUGAUUUACUGUGGACUCCUUUUUCACUAGGGUACGAUUAGAAAGACGCUCAGUAAGAAGGGAAGUUUUGCAGUCUGGGUUUUCGACUCUUAUAGUAGGCUUCCAGUGAUUUCCGUUGAAAGGCAAGAUGAAGGAGCUUAUGCUUCCCGGGCGUCGAUACAGUUGUCGACUACAGCGCUAUCGACAGAAUCGUCGACUACGGUGCAGAACGUUUGGAUGCCCGAUAAAUACCCGCCUGACUCCCCUCUAGGCGGGGAGUUCGUUGUGGGCAGGGAUUAUGUCCAUCUGUUGUCGUAUCAUACUCUCUCAAGCGCUUAGUACGGUGCUUUGUACACAGUAAGCGCUCAAUAAAUACGACUGAGUGAAUGGUGACUUAAACGGAAACCCCCUGGAUUUUUCAGAAGCUCUCAAGAUUUAUUUGUGUAAUAGCUGUCAAAGGAACAUCUGGAUAAUCUGGAAUAAUCAGGUGCUAGAAUAUUCAGUAAAUUAGUCACACAAUACACGGAGCCACCACUUUUAGGGUUAUCAGGAGGUCGCUGGCGAUUAGGUUUUGCUUGGACAUGCGUGAGUGAGCCUUUAUUACCGGGAACGAAGAGUGGAGUCCGCUGGAAUAAUUGCUCUAACGCAGCAUUGGGAAAUCAUUCCUUUCCUCAGGAUCCUCUCAUUUGUUCACCCUCCUGCACAGCGCUUAGUAUAGUACCUGGUGCAGUAAGGGUUUAACACAUACCAUCGAUAUUAUCAUUAAGCUUGAAAGAAAUAGCACUAAAUUGGUCACUUUGUUUCACUCCUGGGAAGCAGAAUGGCCUGAUGAAAAUCAAUGAUAUUUAUAAUAAUGAUGAUGAUAGCUGUGGAGUUUAAGC